CUCUUUCAUUAUUAAUUUUCUUGUCACAUUUUCUGUUUUGAUUCCUCUUAAAAGUGCGGAAUUGUGUUUUUUGUGUGUGUGUCUCGAAGAAAAGCGUGUUUCAACUGAAAUUGGUAUUAUUAUAUUUAUAAAUAAACAAAUAGGAAAUGCAUAUGCGCCAACAUUUUAAAAAUCCUGAGGAGCCCUCCGAUUCGGAUGAUAUAGACGAAUUAGCAGAUGCUGAUUUAGAAGAAGAUGAAGAAAUUAUAAUUGGCAAUGUACGUCUAAUUGAACCAUGGAGCGAUGAGGACAUUGAAGACGAACCGGAAGGAGUAGAUGCAGAAUACGACAUUGGCAGUGAAGAUACCGAUGGAGAUGAUAGUUCUGAAUUUGACGAAAUGGCCACAGAUUCUGAUGAAUCUAUGAAUGGCGAAGAAAAGGAGAAACAAAAGGCGAAAACUACUGCCAAUAAUUCACAGGCCUCAUCUAGCAAGGACAAAACCAACAAAGGCGAUGAAGGUGGUGGUGGAGGGGCUGAUGAUGAGGGAGCUAGAUCGAUUUUGGAGUUGGAUGGAAAUGAAGAAGAUGAUGAGACCGUUAAAGCUAUUAUAGCUGCCAUUAAAAAACCUAAGACCUCUCCACCUGAAAUCAAAAUUGAAGAUUUCGUUACCGACAUCUGUUUCCAUCCCGAACGUGAUAUUAUUGCCUUGGCUACCAUAACUGGAGAUGUGGUUUUAUAUGAGUACUCGAAUGAUGGCAAUACACUAUUAAAAACCAUUGAGGUGCAUGCAAAAGCCUGUCGGGAUGUGGAAUUCACCCAAGAUGGUCGCAACAUAUUGACGUGUUCGAAAGACAAGUCGAUAAUGGUCACCGACAUGGAAACAGAAAAGCUAAAAAAAUUCUAUGAAAGUGCUCAUGAUGAAGCCAUUAAUAAAUUGCAUGUUUUAGAUGAAAAUAUAUUUGCCACCGGCGAUGAUACUGGCACCGUUAAACUCUGGGACUUGAGGACAAAAAAUGAAAUUUUUGCUUUAAAAGAAGUCGAAGACUAUAUAACUCAAAUACUCACCAAUGAUGCUGGUAAACUUCUAAUGGUUACCAGUGGUGAUGGCUAUUUGACAACCAUCAAUAUUGCCGCCAGAAAACUGUAUGUACAAUCGGAACCAUACGAAGAGGAGUUGACUUGCAUGGGCAUCUAUCGCGGUGACUCGAAACUUGUGGUGGGUUCGUCGAAGGGCAAUCUCUACACCUAUAAUUGGGGACAAUUUGGUUAUCAUUGUGACAAGUUCCCGGGCGUCAAGUCUCCCAUGUCCGAAAUGAUACCCAUCACUGAUCGCAUUGGCUGUGUGGCCGGUGAAGAGGGCGUUAUACGUGCUGUUCACAUAGCACCGUUCCGUAACCUGGGCGUGGUGGGCCAACACAGUAUGCCCAUCGAAUCUAUGGAUAUAAAUCAUUCUGGAGAGCUGAUAGCCUCAUCUUCUCACAACAAUGAUGUACGUUUCUGGAAUGUCAAAUACUUUGAGGAGUUUGGCGAUAUCAAGUACAAUGAGAAACACAAUAGUUACAAAGAAAAACGUCAUAAUCUUCCGUCUUCAAAAGUUUCCAACACUUCGGAUUUCUUUUCCGAUUUAGCGAAGGGAAGUGGCGAUGAAGCCUAAAUUAAGUUUUAUUUUUCUUUUUUUUAUUCUUUUGUAAACAUAUUUAUAAAAAAAAGAAAACAUUGAAAAAUUGCUAAGUAUAAAUAAUUCUCGGGCAGUUUUUUUUUUAAUUAACACCACAACUAAUACAUGUAUAGACUUAAGCAUUGAUAAAUAAAGGAUUUUAUUAAAUAAAGUUAUGAAAAUGUAAACAAAA